AUGGCAGAGCCGUCAGAAUCUGAGUCGGCAGAGCCCAAAUGCCUCGUUCAUGGUUCGACGUUGGUAUGGCAUUCCGCCGAGGUGUUUGUGGAUAAUCCCGGUGUGGGUUGGGCAAACACCGAAAGGGUGUUAUCCUCGUGGAAGGCUUUGCCACAUGGAUGGCAGUUUCAACUGCAGGUAUUCCCAAACGGGAGACGGCCAGACAACCAGGGGUUUGUCAGCGCUGGUAUCCGGGUUCGCCCGCCUGCUAUGAUGCGAGGCAAGGACUGGACCUUUCCGGAACUGCAGCAGAUGAGAUGGCUUACAAACGACGAUGUUAGAUUGGCAAAACUCGAGGCGCUCCCGGGGGUGUUAUCCAAGUCUCGCCAUUGUCUUUUGACCCCAUGGUUGGUAAGCCAUGCCAGAAUCCUACAACAGAAGUGGGUCACCGGUGGCAAGUUUCGCCUUGUCGGCGAGGUGGCUCUCCUGCCAAACAGUUUCUCUUUCCCAGAUUUGCCCCCCGACCUUUUCUCCAAGGAGCCAGAGUUCGUCACGUUCCUUUUAGCCGACGGGUCGAAACUCCACCUUGACAAGAGGCUGGUGGUAGAGCGUUCGACGCAUUUCGCGAACAUGCUGUCAUCAGAGACAUGGGUCGAGGGUCGUACCAAUGUCAUAGACUUACGGAGCAACGAGCAGGCGGAUGGGACGAGCAUGCAGGCAGUCCUUUGCCAUUUCAUGUCGCAGCCCUUUCGCGCCGCCCGCGACUUUGAGGUCGCCCUUUCCGUGCGGAAGCUUGCAGAUCAGUUUUGCUUAGAUGACUUGGUCCAGGAAGUGGAAGCAGAGCUCGUGCCAAGAGUUUGCAAAGACAACGUUCUUCAGUUUCUGAGCAAGGUCAUCGGCAGCGGGGGCGUCUUGGAGGCCCGGUGCCUGGAGAUGGUGAAAGCACAUGCGAGCGAGCUCCUGGAGAAGAACAGAUCCAUGUUGGACGAAAUCGUCGAUGAUAACCCGGCUCUGACGAAGUUCCUGUUGCGAACCCUGCUGAAUGCAGCUCGAGCGGCAGGUGUGUAA